UUGAAGCAGAAGGGACUUCUUGCAUGUAAAAUCUUCAGUUAGUUGCAUGCAGUUAUUUUGUGGUGGAAUAGUCAUGUGAACAUUUAUCGUUUCCAUUAUUUAUUGAAGUCAAACUGAGUUAUAUGUAACGUUGCCAAUCUGCAAAGAUAAACGUGGUGUUGCCGAUCAUCGCUUUUAUCUCACUCGUGCUACCUAGGCAGAUGGCUGGCUAGUUAGGUCAAGCAAUGCUGUGAUUAUAUCAAACUGUAGCUAACUAACUAGCUAGAAAGACACCGUUGUGCUCUUGCAUUGAGCGCAUACUGUAUAGUUUUAUGAGUGUUUUUGCAUCUAAACAAAGUUUUGAGACUGUUUAAUCUAAAGACAUGGAGGUAUGCUUCCGACUGCUUUCUCAAGGUGGUCUGUGGAGAACACUAGAACGAAGAGUCGGCUUUUUUCCUGUCCUCUUUUCCCACUGUUUGACAUGCAGAAAUGUGCAUGGAUCAAGUCGUUUUACCCACCGACCUCCUUCGCACCAUUUGUCGCGGAGAACAGACACGAAUCACCGGCUGUUGCAAAGGUCAAGUAGGAACUCAUUUUUCUGUCGCCACAGAGUGACGGAUACCUCACAAGCAACCCUUUCUAGUGUAGUGCCAGUGUUUGUAGUGAUGAAAUUUGACAAAGAAGGGAAUGUAACCUCUUUUGAGAGAAAGAAGACCGAGCUGUACCAGGAGCUGAGCCUGCAGGCCCGGGACCUGAGGUUCCAGCACGUCACCAGCAUCACAGCACGCAACAACUGCAUCAUCAUCCGCAUGGAGUCCCUGAAGGCUGUGGUGACGCCCCAGUGCCUGCUGGUCUUAGAUUUCCGCGGCAUGGGUCUGGAGCGCUGGCUGGUCAGGGAGCUGGGGCCUCAGCUAGCCGGGGACGGAACCCUGGCCACCUCCUCUCUCCCUUUCGAGUUCAGAGCCAUUGAAGCCAUUCUGCAGCACAGGGUGAACACGCUGCAAGCCAGGCUAAGCGAAGUGCAACCCCUGAUCCUUGAUACACUGGAGUCCCUGGUGGACCCAAAACUGCUCUCUGCAGACCGCAGCAAGCUGCAUGUGCUCCUGCAGAACAGCAAGAGCCUGUCAGAGCUCGAGACUGACAUUAAAGUCUUCAGAGAGUCUCUGCUAAAGAUCCUAGAUGAGGAGGAGCUGGUUGAUGAGCUGUGCCUCACCAAGUGGACGGACCCGCAGGUGUUUGAGGAGAGCAGCCUGGGAAUUGAUCAUGCAGAGGAGAUGGAGCUGCUCCUAGAAAACUACUACAGGCAGGCGGAGGACCUGGGCAACAAGACGCGGGAACUCAAAGGACUCAUCGACGACUCGGAGAGCGUCAUCUUCAUCAACCUGGACAGCCACCGGAAUGUGAUGAUGCGGCUGAACCUGCAGCUCACCAUGGGAACCUUUUCCCUGUCACUGUUUGGCCUGAUGGGUGUGGCUUUCGGGAUGAACCUGGAAUCCUCUUUUGAAGAGGACCCACGUGUGUUCUGGCUGGUGACAGGGUUCAUGUUCCUGGGAAGUGGGCUGAUUUGGAGACGUCUGCUCUCCUUCCUGGGUCGGCACCUGGAGCCCUCCACACCGCCUCCGAUCCCACCCGUCUGGAAGAGGAACCCAGGGAGCACCUUGAAAGGACCAGAGAUGAAGGGAGGCUUGAGAUGAGGGUGUAAGAGAUGGACUGAAUUUCACUUCAUAAGUAACAUCAAUGUCCAGUAACAUUCAUCACACCUACCUGUGUUUGCACAAACCACUAGGCGGGAAAUACUGCAGAGUUUGU